AUGCCGCCGAAAACGAGAAAAGCGGCCAGUACAGAGCCCGAGACCGACGAAGAACCGCAAAAUGGCGGUGAUGAAGAAGCGCGCGAGGCGGACACAGCCGACGCGGUGACUACGGCAUUGUCCGACAUUAAUAUGUUUUCGACUCAAAAUGUGCAAAACAUCAUAGAGACGCUACAGCGAUCGCAGACCGAAGCCCUGAAAGAGUUGUUACAAUCAGUAUCGUCGCGUACUACGUCGUGUACAGCUCAAGGUCAAGGAACGUUAACGGGCUGCAAGACCACGUUCUCCGGCCAGCCGCAGGAGUCAGUGGAAGCAUUUAUUGACGCAGUAGACGCCUAUAGUGAAUGCGCACAGGUUUCGGAUACAAAUGUCCUGCGCGGUCUGGCGUACCUUCUAAAAGAAAACGCGGCGACAUGGUGGCAGGGUGUGAAACAGCAAAUUACUUCAUGGCAGCAGGCUAAAGAGAAUCUUAUAAGUGCCUACGGUGACCGCCGCCCGCCCCAUCGCUUAUAUAUAGAGAUAUUUUCAUCGCCACAGCAAACGGAAAACACCGACGUGUUUGUGGCGCGAAUACGUUCCCUUUUCGCGCGACUCCCCGAGGGAGAUAUCUCCGAAAAGGCGCAACUUGACAUGACGUACGGACUCAUGAAUAGCAGGAUAAGGAAGAGGCUACGGAGGGAAGACUUCGCAACUUUUAAAGAGCUACUCCGCCGUGCGCGAAGCGUGGAAGAUUCUUUCGACGAGGGGGAGAGGAAACAAACACUGUCGCAGGCUUCAAGCCGCACGGUGACCUCAAACCAACGCGCGCCUCCCGCUUCAACAACCACGGCGCGUACGGGUACAUCGCAUGCCAGCGGCGCCGCGGCCGCGCCGCCCCGGGCGCCGCAAUCGUCCGCGCUCGCGCAGCCGCGCGCGCCGGCGCCGACGCCUGCUCAACCGGCGGUCGCGCAAGGCACCGGCGCUGCAGUCACCAGUGUCACCACCGCCGCCGCCGCGGACGCGACCGCGAAAAAGCUGCGACCCGUGUGUGCGUACUGUCGAAGGUUUGGACACUCCAAAGACCAAUGCCGUAAGCUCAUGAACUCAGGUUCGAUGAUGGAUACUCGUGAACAAAACGAGCCUAAUAUAUCAAACGGUCCUAACCCACUUUUGUGCGUAUUUAAUAAUAAUCGUGCCUGUGACAAUAAUAAUAAUGAUUACUCGUCGUUCGCGUCAAAGUGCAUUAACCCUUCAAAUGGCAGGGGCGUUACGGAAGUUGACAUGUUUUUUGACGCGGACUGUAGUAAAAUUUCUGACGAUGAGUUGUUAAAUCUGUACAUGACUUAUGUUGAUGGGGAUUGCGAGACAGUGAGUCGAACGACAAGACCGAUUUUUAAUAUAGAGAUUUUAGGCGUGAAAGGCACUGGUUUGGUAGACACGGGAGCGAGGCGGUGCGUCGCGGGACACACGCUAUAUGCUAUUCUCUUGCGUCGGAACCAUCCGCUUCGCACGAUAACGCGCAACAUUAAACUUGCUGAUGGGGUGUCGCGUACAAUGGAAGUACUAGUUACUGUAUUAGAGGUGCGAUUAGAACAGGAAAUCGUUAAAAUUCCGUUCAUAAUUUUCCCUUACGCGACUAAUAAUGAAACGUUGUUAGGCAUCGAUUUUCUUACUGCUGCCGGGGUAGAUAUUGAUUUCCUCGAGUUGUUAUGGUGUUUUAGCAGGAACCGCACCGUUCAGUAUAAACUGUGUUUCGAGCCUACUUCGCCCAGUGUAACCUGUGCUGCCACAAACGUCCUACGGGCUGACGAGGGAAGUCAUCUUACACCAGCUGAGCGUCAAGCGCUCGCUGGCGUUCUUACUAGGCACGCACACGUCUUCACACCAGGGGGAGCUCCGACCCCUUACGCUGAGCAUCGGAUAGAAACAGGUGAGCAUCCUCCUAUAGCAGUACCGCCUUAUCGACUCAAUCCAGCCAAGAAGGACACCGACCAACCGGAUAUUUCUCUCGGUAGAUACCACACUCAGGACCUUACCCGUUACCAAGGUAACGAUGGCGAUACCCCACGACCUGUUAUUCCUAAGAGGAAUCGCGGACGUCCAGCUAAGGCUGAUAGGAAUGAUAGGGUACUAGUCCAGGAGCGGGGGCGUUCUCCAGGACUAGAGGGGGAGCAUAUAGCAAACCGAGUAAAGCGCGCCACUCGUGGACAACUCCCGGCGCGAUAUAGUAAUUAA